AUGGCUGUAAUCUCUGAAACUUCCGACGAGGGCUCUAAUGGCGGCGCUGCAAACAAGAAACCUCAAGAAGAAGAAGAGAAUAUUCCUCCGAUUCCUAAAGAACUUCCAGAAGAACUCAUCGUAAUCAUCGUCGCACUCGUCCGGAGAUAUCACUACCCGAAGCUAUCUCUCAUCUCCAAAGCCUAUCGUGACCUAAUCUCUUCACCGGAACUCUUCCAAACACGCUCGCGCCUAGGCUUCACCGAACCGGUUCUUUAUACCUCAAUCGGAUUCCCACCUUUUGAUCUCCCAAGCUGGUACAUUCUCCAUCGAAUCUCAUUACAGUUCAAACAAAUCACUUCACUUCCUUCAAUGCUUCCUGGAUCUGCUGUUGUCACAAUCGAUUACAAGAUGUAUGUACUCGGUGGAUUCAUCGGCUUGAAUCAACCUGUAUCGACUAUGAUUGUCAUCGAUUGUAGAUUCCAUACGUAUCGUGAGCUCCCUAGUAUGCAAAGGGAUCGCGGUGGCGCAGCCGCGGGAGUGAUUGAUGGAAAGAUUUACGUAAUCGGAGGUUGCAAGAAACGAUAUAAUGAUUGGGUUGAAGUGUUCGAUGUAGAGAAUGAGAGUUGGGAAACUGUGCCUGGUCCAUACCCUAACGUUGCAAGUGAGAGUGUAGAGUUUAGUCAAUAUGCGGUAAUGGAACAGAAGAUUUACAUUUUGGAUCCUCUGUUUUGUUUGACUUACGAACCAAGAAAACGUAGAUUUGAGGCAUGGGGACGUAGAAGUCAACAGAGGAGGUACGAGUCGUGUUGUGUGGUUAAUGAUAUGUUGUGUACCGUUGAUUCUACGUGUUCUCAUGGAUAUCCGAUUGUCGUGUAUGAUCCAAAGGGUAUGGUUUGGAGACCUGUGAAGGGUGUACAAAGUUCUGAUUUGCCUAAUCUCGUUUACUAUGAGUCUAGAAUGGCGAAUUUUGGUGGUAAGUUGGUGAUUUUGGGCGGUAAUCAGAGCCGGGAUCGUAAGGAUAGUUACUUGGAAAAAGACAUUUGGUGCAUAGAGAUUGCACUGGAAAAACGUGAAGAUGGUGAUAUUUGGGGUCAUGUCGAAUCAAGAUCGGUUGUGCUGUCAUCCAGCAAGUGGCCUUUGAUUGCGCUUAGUCGAUCUGUUACGGUUUGA